AUGAAUGAUGAAGACCGUCUUGAGAAGCCGCUUCUACAAGCAAGGGCAGCUAACGCUACGACCUACAGGUCGACGAACGAAGCAUCCGCAUCGAAUGUUGUCACGGCAGCUGCCAGAUUCGUCAGGAAACGACAUGAAAGUGAAAGCAGUUUUGAGAAAGACUAUGUCUCCAUUGAAUUGCCGCCGCUGAACGAAAGCGAAACUUUGGCAGACAAUGUUGGUACUGCUCUGGACAAGUGCAAGAAAUACGUUCUUGAACGUUAUCGUUUCCUUUUAAAACUGCUUGGUUGGCUGCCCUGGAUGUCUGACAAAGCUGAACAAUACAAACCGAUUAGACUUUGGAACUUGGUGUAUCCUGUACUGCUGGUUGGAAUGUUAGUGUUGGGAUAUAUACUAGGAAUCGCAUCUUGUUGGAGUCGAUCUCGCCUGUUUGAUGUUGAACAAAAUCGAACAGGGAUGAACUGCAGCAGUCAAUACAAUCCGCUCAAACCGUGUUCCAAUCUUUGGACAACUUAUGUUUGGCUAGACAUACUGCAGUUGGUCAGCUACAUUUACGCUAUCGAUAUCUUUCGUCGUCGCAAGAAUGGAGACUUGGAAACAGUGAUGGAAAAAACAUUUAUUAAGACUCCAAUCAGUGGCGAUUUUUCGCAAGGAAAGCUCACAAGAAAACUGAGGAUUAUUUUGUACCUAGGAAUUGCGUGGGCAUUAAUUCAGUUAGUUACCAAUAUUUCUGUCGUUGUUGUUCGGAUUCUGGAUUGCCAAGUAACACCGAAAGGAAGAAUUGGCUUUAGUUCGUGGAUUGCUGAGGGAGCUGAAUUGUCGCUUCUUCAGAUGUACGCUUUGAUUGUGCUGAUGCUGAUUGGAGUUUUUAGCAUGGACAUGGUUUAUGUGGCCGUGGCUGUCAACUAUGGGGCACAAUGUGAACUUCUUAUCUUCUACAUUCGAGGUUUGAAUCAACAAAUCAAUGAGAAAAGCAUUACUCUCCAGGAGGCCAUGAGGGAAUAUAAAACUGCUGGCAACUAUAUAGACUCUCUAGGUAGGCAGAUGGCAAUUGCAAUGUCUCUGAUUGAAGUGAUCGUUGUUGUUCAAGCAUUAGUGUCUUUCAUUUCUUUAUAUGAUGUAAAGGAGAUCACCGAAGGUCGUGCAAUUGAAGUCCAGUUUCUUAUUGUGGGAGUAGUGUAUGUUCUUAUUUGGACUUCAUUCGCAAUGUUUGUACUAUUUCAGGCAGCCAAGCUGAACAGUGCUUGCAGUGCUACAGUUCUGGAGUCAUUGGAUGUCUGUCUCUUUGGCUACCAAAAUGCAUCGCAAAUAGAAAUCAACUUGUUCGUUGUAUUUAUGACGUCGCAGAGCCAACAGAGAGCGGCAAAAUUGUUCUAUUUGCCGAUAUAUAUCGGCCAUCUUUGUGGCGUAGUGGCAGCUGCUUUUACGGUGUUUCUAGCUUUGUCGGAGCUCAAUAUAAUUACGUUUACCAUUCACCUGUAGCUCAUCAAUCACAUAAGUAAUAACAGAAACUAUAAAACUUUUUGGGCUCUUUGACUUCCAAAAUUUGGUCAGUGUUUGCUAGAGAUAGCUUUGCUGUUGUAAAAGUAGUUGUGUUACUUAUAAAUUGAGUAA